AUGGACAGUUAUUUUAAAGCUGCUGUCAGUGACUUGGACAAACUCCUUGAUGAUUUUGAACAAAGCACAGAUGAACAUGAUCACUACCAAAUGGCAGAAAGUUCAUACAGUUCCAACUACUGUUCAGUUUCUUCAGAAUUGCCUUCCUCACAACCAGUUUCACCAGUACCCAAAGAUCAACCAUGUUUCAGUAGUGGUACCAGUUCAGAAAUAUUCUGUGGAACAAAUCAGGCAACAAUAAAUGGAAAAAAGCUUGGAGGACUAACAUCUUCAAUACAAAAUGAAAAAAAUGUAACUGGUCUUGAUCUUCUCUCUACUGUGGAUGGUGGCUCUUCAGAUGAAAUUCAACCUUUAAGUCUAGGACGAUGUGGUAUACCAGUCUGUGAUCUUAUCAGUGAUAUGGGUAAUUUGGUUCAUGUAACAAAUAGUCAUGAAGAUAUUCAAGCAAUACUGCCAGAUAAUUUCCAAGCCAAUACAGAUUCAUUGAUUGGCUUAGAUUUGUCUGUUUCACCAGCUACUAUUUGUGCUUCUUCAGAAGAUAUUUCAGAAGAACAAAAUAAUGAAGGCAACUCUGUAUCACAAAGACCAGAAAACAUUGCUACCAUAGAAUCGAGUUUAAAAACAGAUACAUCAUUUUUAGAGUCAUGUGAUCACAAUAGAACGGCCAGUUUAGAGGAUAAAAAGAUAAAUGAUCAACUAGAACAAACUGCUGGCCUUAACUCUGUGUAUGCCUUGACACAGCAGAAUUCCAAAACAUUUGAUUCCAAAGACAAAAAACACAACUUGCCUUGUGAGUUAAAAGAGAAAUCUUUGGUAAAACAGGAGGUAAAGGUAGCAAGCAGAAAUCAAACAGCAGAGUCCAAGGAAAUAGACAGUGUGAGUGUUAUAGCUUGUGAUCAUCCAAAAAGUGAAGGCUUAUGCAUAAAUGAUUUGAAUACAAGAGAUCAAAAGUAUAGCUUGUCUGAUUCCUCCCUUCAGGAGAAUAGGAUCCCUUUAUUUAGAAAACAACCUGCAGAAGAAAAUCCAUGCAAUUUUGACCUUAAAAGUGAUAUGCUCCAAGAUGCCUCUUCCACUUUACAUAUUUCAAGUAAAGAAGUAGAAUCCUCAUUGUCCUGCCUUCCAAUAUCUGUGUCUAUGUGUGGCUCACUUAUUGAAAAUGAAGAUCAAAGUGAUAGUUUGCCGCAGAAGGAGCAAGUUGAUAGCCUAAAACAGGAUGUCAUAACUAUACAUGAAGAUAUUCCCAAGAGUAUUGUUUUAGAUGAGGAACCAGUUAAAGACAAUGAACCCUCUAAAAAAGACGAACACACAAAUAUAACUGAUCAAAUGUUAGCUGACAAUCUGGUAGGUGGAAAAGUGGAUCUUGGCCAAGUGAUUAGCAGAGCUGAGCCUUCUGAACAUCAUUACACUGAUUUUUCUAUUUCAACUGACUCCAAAGUAGAGCAUUCUGAUGAUAUUCUGUCAUUUCAUGAUCAUCAUGAAGGAAACACUUUUUCAAGUAGUGGUGUUAUUAGGAAGGAAUUAGAUUACUUUAAUAUUGAUGAAGAUAUAACAAGUGACACUCUGAUUAGUGAUGCUGAACUUGAUGCCUUUCUAACUGAACAGUAUCUUCAGACCACUAGUGUAAAGUCCUUGGAAGAAAAUGCAAAUAAUGUGGACUCUCACUUGAAUGAAAUAAAUGUGAAAGACCUAGAUAGUGAAAAGACCAACAAUAUGUAUUUAAAUAAUAAAGAAGUAGUAAUGAGUGGAGUUUCUCAUAUUACUAGUAUUUGUGGAACAGUUGAUAAGCAGUGUACAUCAGAAGAAGGUCGUUUGUCUGUAGGAGAAAAAGAUUUAUUUCCUAUUCAGCAAGGGAUGUCUAACAAUAAGCCUGAGGUUGUUAAUGAAUUGUCUGGCUCUGAUAGUAAUAAUCAUAUGGCACAUGCCGGAGGAGCCAGACCUAAGCAAUUACUUAACUUUCCAUCAAGAACAGUGAGUCCAAAGGAUCCGAGCAAGCCUAAAGCACAAAAUGUAGCAGAAAUGGAACCCAGUGUAUCAAAUUCUGUCAUCUCCAAAGCUUGUUCUGUGGACACUGCAGCUGAAUCCAAUGUUAGCCACAAUGUGGAUAGCUUAGAAGCUGGAGACAAUUUCACACGAACAGACGUUGUUCCUUCAGCUGAAAAGGCUUGUAGAGAAGGUGUAGUUUUAGGGCAAAAACAGCCUUCCUGGGUUCCUGAUUCAGAAGCUCCAAACUGUAUGAACUGCCAAGUCAAAUUUACUUUUACAAAAAGGCGCCACCACUGCCGAGCAUGUGGAAAAGUAUUUUGUGGUGUCUGUUGUAGCAGGAAGUGCAAACUCCAGUAUAUGGAAAAAGAAGCAAGAGUCUGUAUUGUCUGCUAUGAGUCUAUCAAUAGGGCACAGGCAUUUGAAAGAAUGAUGAGUCCAACUGGUUCCAAUACUAAAUCCAGUAUUUCCUCUGAAUGUGCCACAGCCCAGAGUUCUCAGGAUAACCAGAUAUCCAGUGCACCCAACACCCCUUCACCAUCAGCUUUACCUACCUCAGCACUUAAACAACCAAGUAUUGAAGGUCUGUGUUCCAGAGAACAGAGGAGAGUAUGGUUUGCAGAUGGUAUUUUGCCCAAUGGUGAAGUUGCAGAUACAACCAGAUUGUCUUCUGGAGGCAAAAAGUGUUCUCAGGACACAAGUCCUAUCUUACCUGAUGUACACAUGAUUGUAAAUGUACUGGAUCAUGGUCCUUCUCUGGAAGUGGAAAAGUCCAAAGAUGAGAUAACAGAUCCUGCAAGACAAGAGAAAUUACAAAGUCCUGUUUCUGUAGUCCCGUCUGUGGAAGAACUGCCCAUUAAUGCUGCUACAACUGAGAUGUUACCAAGUUCUCUUUCUUCUUUUGUACCUGAGAGUGAAACACCCAUUUCUACAACAGUUGAGAAAUCAAGUUCUGUUUCAGUCAUGCCAGCACCCAACAAUUUAUCUGCUGGUAGUUCCUCAGACUAUAGGUUGUUAUGUGGUAUUGACAAAUAUGUUAGGAAAGAUAUCAACCUUAUACCUAAUGAUGAGGAUGGCUUGCCCCCUCUCCUCGUUGCAGCUGGGGAAAGAGGAGAAGAUCCUGUAGUUGAAAACUGUCCAUCUCAGGAGCAAGUCUUUUCACUUCUUGAACAUGAAGGAUCUAAUCUAGUUACAUUUAUCCUAAAUGCCAAUCUCCUAGUGAAUGUCAAGUUAGUAAUUUAUUCUUCAGAAAAAUAUUGGUACUUCUCAACCAAUGGACUACAUGGUUUGGGUCAGGCAGAAAUUUUUGUCCUUUUGUUCUAUUUACCAAACGACAAUAGGAUUCCUAAAGACAUCUUCACCCUAUUUAUCAACAUUUAUAAAGAUGCAGUAAAAGGAAAAUACAUAGAAAACUUGGAUAGUAUUACCUUUGCUGAAAGUUUUCUCAAUAGCAAGGAUCACGGAGGAUUUCUAUUUGUUACACCUACUUUUCAGAAACUUGAUGAUCUCCCAUUACCAAGUAGUCCUUUUCUUUGUGGAAUUCUCAUCCAGAAGCUGGAGAUUCCUUGGGCAAAAGUUUUUCCAAUCCGCUUAAUGUUGCGAUUGGGAGCAGAAUAUGGAGUAUAUCCCACACCUUUAACAAGUAUCAGAUGUCGAAAACCUCUUUUUGGAGAAAUAGGACACACUAUUAUGAACUUACUUGUUGACCUUCGAAAUUAUCAAUACACUUUGCAUAAUAUAGAACACCUGUUGAUUCACAUGGAAAUGGGUAAAAGUUGUAUAAAAAUACCUCGAAAAAGAUACAGUGAUGUAAUGAAAGUCAUAAAUUCUUCUAAUGAGCAUGUGAUAAGUAUUGGAGCUAGUUUUAGUAUUGAAGCUGAUUCUCACUUAGUCUGUGUUCAGAAUGAUGGAAUUUAUCAAACACAAGCUAACAGUGCAACUGGUCAUCCCAGAAAAGUGACUGGUGCAAGUUUUGUGGUAUUCAAUGGAGCUCUGAAAACAUCUUCAGGAUUUCUUGCUAAAUCCAGUAUAGUUGAAGAUGGUUUGAUGGUACAAAUAACUCCUGAGACAAUGGAAGGUUUACGGCUAGCACUAAAAGACCAAAAAGACUUUAAAAUUACAUGUGGGAAAGUAGAUGCAGUAGACUUAAGAGAAUAUGUGGAUAUCUGCUGGGUAGAUACUGAAGAAAAAGGAAACAAAGGUGUUAUUAGUGAAAUAGAUGGAAAAUCAUUGGAAGGAAUUCCAAGUGAGAAAAUACAACAGGAAGCAGAUUUUGAAACUGAUGAAAAACUUGUAAAAUGUACAGAGGUAUUCUAUUUUCUAAAGGACCAGGACUUUACAAUGUCAGGAAGUCGUUACCAGUUUGCUAAAGAGAUAGCAAUAGCUGGCAGUGCUGCACUUUGUUCACACCUGAAAAAUCUAAAAAGUAAUGGGAUGAAUAAGAUAGGACUUCGAGUUUCUGUUGAUACUGAUAUGGUUGAAUUUCAGGCAGGAUCUGGAGGUCAGCUUCUUCCUCAACAUUACUUAAAUGAUCUUGAUAGUGCUCUAAUUCCAGUGAUCCACGGUGGCACCUCCAACUCUGUUUUACCAUUGGAGAUAGAAUUAAUGUUUUUCCUUAUAGAAAAUCUAUUUUAGCAAAAAUAGCUGUGCUACUAUGCAUUAUAAACUGAUUUGUUAGAAUUAAG